AUGCUGGACACCAUUAUCAAGAACGGGCAUAUUGUCACUGCCACCGAAAUCCUGCCCCUAGGGAUCGAGAUUGGUAUCAAAGACGGGAAAAUAGCACUGCUAGGCUGUGGUCUGGAUGCUGGUCCUGACACAGUCAUCGUCGACGCUGAGAGAGCGUACAUCACUCCAGGAGGUGUCGACUCCCACGUCCACAUAGAACAAGACAACUCCCCGACAGGCGACACCUGGGAGACCGGCUCGCGCUCAGCGCUUGCAGGCGGCAACACUACGAUCAUCGCAUUUGCCUCCCAAAAGCGUCAUGAAGACAGCAUCUACCCCGCACUGGAAGCCUACCACAGGAAGGCGACGGGGAACUCCUAUUGCGAUUACGGCUUCCAUGUUAUCUUGACUAACCCUACCGACAAAGUCCUCGAAGAUGAACUACCCCAGUUAGUCGACAAGGAAGGAAUAUCAAGCGUCAAGCUGUACAUGACAUACGAGCCAAUGAAGCUCGGCGACGCAGACCUGUUCAACGUGAUGAUGCGAGCGCGCAGCCUAGGCAUCACCACCAUGGUCCACGCCGAGAAUAGCGACAUGAUCGCCGCCAUCACCGCGCGGCUCGCAAAGGCAGGCAACACGGGGACGUUCUUCCACUCGGUGGCAAGGCCGCAGAUCGCUGAGACAGAAGCGACCUACCGCGCCAUCAGCCUUGCGGAGGUAACAGACACACCGAUAUUACUAGUACACAUGUCCGCGCCGAAGGCUGUCCAGCACGUCGCUGAUGCGCAGAGCCGUCUCCUCCCCAUACACGCCGAGACGUGCCCGCAUUAUCUGUAUCUCAUCAGUGAGAGGCUGCGAUCAGGGCCCAAGGAUGUCGAGGGCUCCAAGAAUAUCUGUGCACCGCCGUUGCGGCAUGAUGCUGGCGACCUAGAGGAGAUCUGGAGGAGUGUCGCUAAUGGUACGUUCACCACCAUCAGUUCGGACCAUGCGCCUGCUACAUUCGACCACCCGAUCGGGAAGAAGGGCAAGGCGAUGGAUACAGCUUCUGUGGACGAGCACGGUUGCGUCCACUCCGACUUCCGUUUCGUGCCCAAUGGUUUGCCUGGCAUUGAGACACGGCUGCCUUUGAUAUUCAACAGGACAUUUGAUCCGGCUCUCGGGUACCGGUUCCAAGAUGACAAGAUCCGAAUAUCGCUGCCCCGAUUUGUUGAGUUGACUUCGACGAAUCCUGCUAAACUGUAUGGUCUGGGAGACUGCAAAGGGAGUCUUCUACCUGGUUUCGAUGCAGAUUUGGUAAUAUGGUAUCCCGAGGAAUCUUCAUCCGCAGAGCCCUCUUCGACAUCGGUUAGUGUGCGGGCUGGUCCCGAACGGAACAAGCCGAAUAGGAACGUGGUCAGGAUCAGCAAUGAUAUGCUUCACCAUAGGAUUGACUAUACGCCAUUUGAAGGCAUCGAGGUCCGGAAUUGGCCUCGUUGGGUAUUCCUCCGGGGCAAGCUUGUGUGGGACAGGGAUGGCAAUGGCAUGUUGGGAUCGAAGUCGGACGGUCAUUUCCUGAGAAGGGCCAAGUCCAGCAUCUUGACAGGACAAAUGGGAAGGCGAGCGAUGGGUCUGCUGGUCACCACAGCCGACCUCGACCGGGCCAAGGCCAAGAUCGAGGCAGAACUCGACCCCUGGCUCAGCAGCUGGGACAAGCUGACCACUUCAGAAUAUGCCCAAGAUACCUACACCAAUAAUGCAGUCGAGGCCAUCUACCGCGGCUCCGACGGCGAGCACUCUGCCAACAACGAGCUCUUGUGGCACGAUGCGGCAGCCGCCUUCACGCUCGCCUUGCGAUGGAAGAUCAGCGGCCACGACUCCUACGCGGAUGCUGCGGCUUCCAUCCUGACCGCUUGGGGGGAGAAGCUGACGACCAUCGGCGGCGACAUGGACGCGUACCUCUGUUCCGGCUUCCAGGGCCACGAGCUGGCCAACGCCGGGGAGCUUCUCCGGGACUACCAGCCUUUCAAGGAUGAUGGCUUCGACACCUUCACAAACAUGCUCAACACCGUGUUCCUGCCCAUGAACCUGGCGUUCCUCAACCAUGAGCUCCCGGCCGAGCAUAUAUGGACCCACUACUUCGCAAAUUGGGAGCUUGGGAAUAUGGCCUCCGCUAUGGCGAUUGCUGUGCUCACCGAGAACACGACUACCUGGGACUUUGUUGUCGACUACUUCAAGAACGGAGGUGGCAACGGCAAUAUCAACCUCGCUGUCUCCAACCUGGUAGAGGAGCCCGGCACCGGAACCAUUCUGGGGCAGGGGCAAGAAUCUGGUCGCGACCAGGGGCACUCGGCACUCGACCAGCAGAUGUUGGGUGUCGUUGGGCAGCAGGCUUGGAACCAGGGCGAGGAUCUGUUCGCGUACAACAACAGCCGCAUUCUCCAAGGAGCCGAGUAUUUCGCCCGCUACAAUCUGGGCUAUGACGUCCCGUUCGUCAACUACACCAACUCCAUCGUCUUCUUCGACCAGGUCAGCAAUGCAUCGCGUGGCGCGACCCGUCCAACAUGGGAGCUGCUGUACAGCCACUAUGUUCAGGUCAAGGGCCUGGAUGCCCCAUGGACCACGAAAUACCUCAACUACACUCUGACUGAGUACGGCGGCUUCGAGCCUGGAGCUGGAACUUACGGAGAGGGAUCCGGGCAUUACGAUGGCCUCGGAUGGGGCUCGCUGUUGUACCACAUGGACGACUCCGAUGUCGAGGCGAUUGUGAAGGAGACAGAUGGCAUCUCAGCUAAUGCGGCUGCUGCGGUGUCUUCCUCGAGCCUACCAGUUGCGGCUUCGUCCAGCGCUACCUCGAGUGUGGAAGCGAAGCCGACGCAGGCGCACAAAUGCGGACGACGUCAGAGGGCCAGGCAGCAGUGA